AUGGAUGGCCAAUGCCAUCUGGAAAUCCAUAUCAUAUUUCCAAACGUGAAGGAGCUUGGUGUGGAAAUGGACUCUGAUGCCUCCGUACUUGACUCGUUUCACCAGGCCAAGUUCGCCAACGAACUUUUUCUUCCCGCUGUAAAUGUGUCCAAAGAUCGCGCCCCCUCAGCAUACAACCGCUGUGGUAGUUCAUACGAACAAUCAGCUGCUCGUGGUGUCCACAAUGCCUUGUCUCUUACUUUAUGGACGGAGGAGCUUUCCGAUAUCGUUGACAUCAUGCGUGAUAUAGUUCGGGAAAAGCAAUCUUUGGCGAUGUUCCGUCACUUCCGGUUUGUCCUUUCCGCGUUUGGGUUUAAGACUCCUCUGCGUAGAUUCAGUCAUACGGCAAUUCUCAGUAAUAUGAUUGACUGGAAUCAGUUGGCUGCCGUCCAAACUAGGGUGGACAUUGGGGUGAAUUUUUUUGCGGUCUCUGAUGAUGAUAAACGUCCAAUCAUCAGUUUUUUAAAAGAAGAGUUCUGUUCGGUAACUGGUGAACUUUUUGGUGGCAAUGGUACCGUUUCGGAGUGUCAAGAUAUGUGCCUUGGCCGUUUCGGUGGCAUGUCAGGCAAGAACCCUGCUCCAGCCAUUAAUGAAGCCUGGAAGAUGAUUAUGUACAAUGAUGUCAAAAUUGCGUUCACCAGAGCCAGGCAAGGCUUCAACGGUUCCGUCGGUGAGGAUUGGUCCCCGUCAAAGUCUCGGGCAACCAUCAACCAUGCAACUGGCCAUUGGAGACAAGGGCUGAACGUCUACCAACAUUGCCUGGAUGAGCAUCAGGAGACGCAGUUUACCUCUCGUUUGGAGGUUCGUGUGAUUGCGGCGGAUGUGGGCGACAUACUCGUUCGCAAAUUAAUAGUUGGGCUGCACCGCCUUCAAUCGAACGGUGCGUUUAUCCAUUUCUUUGUCGACGAGUAUCUCGCCUAUGUCCGCGAGUUGCUGAAUCUCACCUCGGAGAUGAUGGUCUCGUUAAGCCGGGAUGUGCAAUUACCUGCUGUGUCUGGCUUUGCGUUCUGCGUUUUUCUGUUGAACAGCCUCAUGCAUCCGGCCGAUAAGAGAUCUACCUGUUGCAACAACUUUGUCAAGACUCAUCGCUGUAAAAAAAACUACCUGUUUUUUAUGAGUUACCAUUUCGUGUUUGAUCUUAACGAGUGGCGUUUCAUCGAUGCUUUUGAUUCGACCAGAAUGGCGGAUAUGUUUCCCGGUUUGUCUUUUGUCAGAACUUUGGUGGUAGAUGGUGACCGUUUAGUCAACGAAAUAGACCGUAUGGCUGCCGCUAAUGAAAUUAAUCCGGAAAAUGUGCACUUGGCUCAUGACGUGGCACUUAACAACACGGUAAGCUACACCGUUUCUCUGGGCCCCUUGACCUUCGCUCCUUGUCUGCGCUUUUCCAAAACCCCACUUAGCAGGCAUCGUGUUCUUGGAACUUGGUUGACCAACCAAGCUAUCCCAAUGUUUGACGUUGGCAAUGCUGACACCGUCAGAUACGCUGAAAAAACCCGUCAAAUAUUUCAUCGUUUUGGUCUUGGGCCCGAAUCCGCUGUCCGUUUCCUGGAAGUCUUUUUUGAGGAGUAUUUUUCUCUGGUUGGAGGUGGCCACACCGGGUGCAACAUCGAAAAUCUUUCGUUCGGUGGUGACCAAUCCAUGUUCGACCCUGAACUUCGGGAUGCGCUGGAUCUCACGGUCAAAAUGGACUUUCAGAGGCGUGUUGCGUUUCUGCUUCCUUAUGUCGAACAAGAGCACCGUGAACGGGCCUGGGUUCAAUCUUUGGUGACGGAUGAUCGUAUGGAUAGAUCAUGGAGAGCAUUUGGUUCCCGCUCUGUUUUCUUGGAGCUUUUUCUGCAUGCUGAUAUCAGUUCGAGGUCUCUCAAACACUUACAUUGUAUCCUUCUGGCGGCAUCGGUGUAUAUUCUCGAAUAUGUGCCCAUGUCGUGUCCUACUAAGAUGUUUAGGCGUACAUCUUCAACAACUAUUGCGACGCGAAAAGUAUCUUGGUUCUUAGAACCAAUGGGUGACGUUUCCCGGGAGAUAUUCCAGUUUCUUCAAGACUAUGCCUAUGAUUACAAGUUUGAGGACCCAAGUUUUCCUCGUGUCUAUCGUCGGGUCACUGAAAUUCAUGGUAGUCGUGUUGGUGGUAGAACCAUUCCCCGUGUCCGCGCGCGAAAUCAUAGACGAAAUGGCCGUUUGAUUUAA